CGGCAGGCUCUCCACUCUCAACAACAUUCAAUCCAUACCCAACAGGCUCUUGGAUAUCUUGACUCCAUUUAUAUCCGAACGAGUUGGCCUAGCUACUCACGAUCACAACGCAACGGAGUCGGCUGUGGGAAAACUUGAUCCACUGAUCCUGGCGACAUUCAACCUGCGUACUCUAGAGGCACCUCCCCUUCAAUCUAUUCGAUAUUCCGAUUGUCUCUCGAGUAGCUGUCAUUAUGCGACUCUUGCAAACAACAACCUUACGAUUGGAAGAAUUCUUCGCGGGUAGUGCAAUCGAUCAGAGGCUAGGAAACCAAGGAAUUCCCAAAUACGCCAUACUCUCCCACACAUGGGGCUUUGAGGAAAUCACCUUUCAGGAUAUCACGGGAGAUAGAACCAUUACACAGCACAAAACAGGAUUCACCAAAGUUCGAGACAGUUGCAGACAAGCUCGUGCCGAUGGCUAUGCAUAUAUUUGGAUCGACACAUGCUGCAUCGAUAAGACAAGCUCUGCCGAAUUAUCCGAGGCUAUAAAUUCGAUGUAUCAAUGGUACAAAGGCUCUGCAAUUUGCUAUACAUAUCUCUCGGAUGUCCUUAUACAUUCCAAGACCUCAAAUUCAACCCACCACCCUUGGCACCCUUUCUACACGGAAGAUAGUAUGCGAUACAGCUCAUCGCCUUCCUACUCCCGCUGGUUUUCGCGAGGAUGGACAUUGCAAGAGCUACUGGCUCCGGUCAAGCUCCAAUUCUUCGAUAAGAACUGGAAUUCCAUCGGGAUGAAAGAAGAUCAUAUCAACGCCAUUUCCGGAAUUACUAACAUCGAUCUUUUUGCCUUGAAUGGAGGGGAUUUGCGACGACUAAGCAUUGCUCGCCGGAUGUCAUGGGCUGCCAAUCGUCAGACUACCCGUAUCGAAGACAUGGCGUACUGUUUGCUCGGAGUAUUCAGCAUCAACAUGCCACUAUUAUAUGGAGAGGGUGCCAAGGCCUUUAUUCGUCUGCAAGAAGAAAUAUUGAAGAUCUCGAACGACCAGUCACUCUUUGCCUGGAAAUAUCCAAUCGUCGAAUUCUAUCGAGACAAGUAUUCAGAGGGUUUCAAGCUUCAGGGGCUUUUGGCGCCCACCCCAGAGCUCUUCCGGCAUUCUGAUGCUAUUUCACAAUUCUAUUCCGAAACUGCAGGACGUGCCUUUCCGGUAUCUACCAAUAAAGGAGUCCAGGUUGAAUUCUUGAUGUGUCAGGAUAUGGGUUACCCAUCUGGGUUGGUGUAUUUAGCGAUGUUAAACUGUCCUGUUGGGCAUGUUCCCGGACGGCUACCGGCAAUUCAUCUAAAACGACUUUCUCCCAGCAGCGAGCAGUAUACACGUGUUGAUAUGUCUCAACUCUUCUUGUUCAGUUCCUAUGACUCCGCGGGUCGGGUUGAGUUAGAGGGUUUCGACCCAAGGAAGCCGCAGCGUCAGUUGGUAGAGAUUCGUUCAAGGACUUUAUACUCGGACUGGACUGUCCAGACCAUCUUCAUAAAACAAGAUACCCAAUUUGCAUUGCCGCCCGGAUUCUGGUUGGUAAUCCCUGAACCCUUUUCUGAGUCCGACAUGGUGGUUACUCAAGCACACCCACGGGACCUUUGGGAUCCAACAACUAGGUUCCUGCAACCUCAGGUUGAGUUCAGACAAGGGCUAGGGCCUUUGGAAGCCAGGAAAUUGGGUGCACUUCUCAUCAGAUGCGAGUAUUUUGAUUCACGUAUUGAUCGAUUGAAGAUCACUUACUACGUUCUUAUUUUUGGGGUUACUUGCGGCGGUUUCGUUCCCUGGUGCUAUCUAAGCCCCGCAGAAGGAUUUGAUGGGAAGCGUCAUAAGCAGAUGAGUUUGGGGCCUCGGGAGCAGGCUGAUUAUUUCCAACAGCUUCAGAUCGAUAACUAUCUGCAGCACAAAUUUGACAAAUUUCCUGUCGAUCUUUUCUCAAUCUCUACGGAUAUGGAGGCCGCCAGAAGACACGUACAUAUUUGCGAUGAUCUGCAGCUAGUUACUGUAGCUGAACUUAGAAUUGUUUCGGGGAAGGAAGUUUACCUGCUUCACUUACUCACCAUGUCGAAAUAUCUAGAUGGAAAGUCUAGUUAAUCGAAUGUCAGAGGUUAGGAGUUCUAGUUGCUAAAACUUAUGUGACAAAGUGAGAGCGUCUUUGAGGUUACCCCCGAGGAAUGAUUGAGACAAUUCCCG